AUGAACAAGAUAUGGACCCCCGGAGUCCGCACGGUCUCGGGUUCGUUCCUGUCCAUCCAACAUACUCUUAACCCAGCACUGCUGCAUGUACGGACGCCCUUUCACGCCCGCACUGCUCUCCCCCCACCUUCUCUCUUCCUCUGCCCCACCUCGCUGGAGGACCCACCUGUCUUCCCCGCAUCCCCUGCUACCGAUAUGACCACGAUUGCUCCCCACGCACCCUCCACACUCCAAUGGCGCACCCAAGACCCUCAUAUGCGCUCACCGCCGAUUACCCUCCACCGCAGCGAGAACUCGACGCCUUUUUUCCUGUACCGUACUCCAGUCUUCGCGCCCCGCAAGUACGUGGCGACGUCAUCGCUAACACUUCGCCCGUCGACGACUUCCUUCAACUCUUCUUCUACCGCCACCUCCUGUUUUGAUGACUUCAGCACCAGCACAACAACUUCCAACGCUCGCUAUGUGCGUGUGCAGAGCCCUCGAGUGGGUGAGGUCUCCACGCAUGCUGUUUCGGGUCCUUCCACUGUCCAGUAUAUCCUCCCCUCCGCUGCAAAUUCGAGCUCCCAUCGCAAAGGCUCGCUUCCCUCGAUCUUUCCUCCACCAACGUCGCCAAACUGGCUCACUGAAUCGCCCAAGUCGCUGGUCCUGCCAGAGCAGAUUCCAACCAGGCCGACGCUCAAGUAUCUCCAGCCCCUUGCAACGCCUAUCCAUGAUUUCCAGUCGUCGACGGCCGCGACAGAAGAGGAGGACGAGCACAGUAUUGCAAACGUGGCCGAGCGUCGCGGCUCGAUCAGUGGUGCGAAUGCAUGGGGAGAUGAAGCACCGCCGAGCGCAGCUGCUGAGCCCGCUUCCGACUGCGCGGCGAGCGUCGCGGGUCUGGUCCCUCACAUAAUGGUCAAGAUCCCGACUGCGGACCUGGAUCUGGACGUCGGUCUGGAGUUGGACCUUUGCAACGGCGACGCGAUGACGUUGCACAACGUGGAGGAGGACAAAUAUGACGAGGCCACAGCCGAGUCUCACGGGUCGUUAGACUUGGGGGAUUCCUACGGCGCGUGGGGCACCUUUGAAAAAGGCAAGUGGAAGGAGAUCGCAGUAGAUCUGAACACUGACGACGAGGACGAGGACAAUGUGCCCACGCCGACGCAACCACAGACACGCAUGGUCUUCGAGGACGACCUGGCGUACGACUCCGCGUGCACCUCCGAGUUCCUCGUCGGCUGUUCGACCUCUUGUGAAGCCUACCCCGCCACUGGCUACUCCUCCCUCCCGCGCAACGCCGUCCCCGCACCCCGCACCUCCCCGUCCACGUCUCCCCGCCGGCGAAAGCGUCGCCCGGCUCCGCUCACACUCGCAAAUUCGGCCCAGAUUGAGGUCGACUACGACCACGACGCCGCAGCCUCAGACGCCGCGGCCGCGGCCGUGCGCGAGAUGGACGCCCGGCUGGCCACCGCCCUCAUGUUCGGUGCACCCACACCCCGCCGCCGCCCGCAGACGGCCCCGACGCGCGCCGUGCUCCCGCCCUCACCGCGGUCUGCGCCCCCCGUCCCCGCCCGGCACUCCGCGGACCCGCCUGCGCCCGCAGCGCCCCUCGCCUGGCCGCGGCACAGUGAGCCCGUUGGGGCGGACGGCCGCCAGGGCGGCACAGGCUCGGGCGCGAGCACGGGCAGCAGCAUGCUCUCCGCAGCGUGGGCGCGCUCGUCCGUCUCGAGCACCGGCUCGGGCUCGGACGAGAGCUCGACCGACCUGCCGCAAACGUCUGGCCGCCAGCGCCUCAGGUCGCUGAAGAGGCUGUUCAAGCGGUCCAAGUGA